AAACAGUUGACAAAAUAUAUUGAUCAUAAGCGGGUGAACAAAUUUUGAUAAAAGCAACGACGAUUAUUAAAUCGAAAUUUUAAAUAAAUCUAUACAAAAAGACAUGUAUACAAAAUUUCUAAUUUUAAUAUUGCUAUGUUGUGGUAAAUUGAACUUGGCUCAAUUGAGUUUUCAUGCAGAUGCGAAUGCAAAUUCAUUUCUACUAAAAACGCCGAAUUUGCAACAAAGUGUUACACGUUACUAUGGCGGAGGACAAACAGCUAAUUUACAGCAGGCUCAUCAACAAAAACAAUUAGACAAAGAGCAGCAGCAGCCACAGUCGCCUAUAGAGCAAGAAUCACAACAGCGUACACAACAGUAUACGCCUGUGGGCUCGGGAAGCAUCCAAUAUCAAGAAUCACCAUCCGGCACUCAGGCACCGUACACAUUUGCUCCCCCUGUGCAGCAACCACUACAGCCAACGAAUUAUGCCACUGCAUCCGGCACUUAUCAAGCUCUGCACUAUUCCAACCCACCGCAGCCGCCGUCUGUACCACAAUAUUCUCAAAGUCUGCAUCAAUUGCGAGGUGUCCCAAGUCAAACUCAACCGCCACAACAAUCGUCUCAACCUCCAUCGUUGGCAACGUAUGCGGACCAACUGAAUGCCGCCUACUACGUUUAUCAACAGCAACAACAACUGUAUAAUCAACAACAACAGCAACUGCUACGCCAACUCUAUCGCAGUCAUCCAGAUCCUGUGUCAACUUCUCCACCGAAUCUGCCGAUUAACUCUAGUCGUUAUUAUUCGCCCGAGCAAUACGCCAGCUAUAUAUCACCUCAUCAUCAUUCUACCCAAUCACCAUAUAAGAGUUCAGCCAAUGGUAUGAGCGAUGGUCCGAUAACAGUGGCACCGCGCAACGGUCUGUUAGGGACGGAUUAUUCACCCUCAGAUAAAGUAUCUCAUGUAAAAUUUAAUAGUGGCAAGCUAUCGUACAAUUUUUAAAGGUACAUAAGCACGUAAUGAUAGAUGAGAUUUUAGUGGGGUGUGCAGAGAACCACAUCCUAUUAUCUGUAAAUUUGUUUCAAUGUAAUGAUCUGAACCGCACAAAAAUUUCUAUUGUACCCUGUUAAGUCAAUCCAUUUCGCUUAUAAGAGGUUCUUUGAUGCAUUUGUUUUAUAAUUCAAGCGAAAAAAGAGCCCCACAAAAAUUGUAAUUAGCAAAAUGAAAUAAAAACAUGUAUUAUCAUUAUUACAAUUAAUGAAUUAUGCGCCAUUCUUAGAAAUGGUACUUUUAUGCGACCAAUUUAUAAAACAUUUUUCAUGAAGCGGGCGUUAAAAGUUGCAUUUACUACAUUUACGGCUUACUGAGAAAAACAUGUUUUUGUCAUUCCUUUUUUUGGGAUAGAAAAAAUGAUAAUACGACAAUAAUAUACACGGCAAUUAUUAAGCAUACAUUUAUCUAUUAAGUACACAUUAGAUUUGAAAAACAUUAAAAAAGCUUACACCGUAG